AUGUCACUAUCUACACUGAAAUGGGGUUGCUGUACUAACGAGGAGGCCGAGGAGCAUGAACAGCUUAUCAACUGUAUUCGAUGCAAUAAGUCGUAUCAUUUCCUUUGCCUGUCUUUACCGGAGAUUCCAGCUGACUCCGAUGUUUAUCGCCAAUGGAAGUGCCCAGUAUGUAUGAUUCUAACCUCAAAAACUAGAACAAAAGAUUGUACACCUGUCCGUAACACGAGUGUCUCAACCACGCGAGGUAGCAAAAGACAGGCACUAAACUCACCUCCUGAGUCCUCCGCUGUCACAGCUGAGGAUGUCCGCUCGAUCGAGCAGAGCGUCAUUGAGACUGAGUUUGCUACAUUACUUAAACAGCUCAAUAACACUUUAGUUAGCACGCUUAACAAAGAGCUAGAACCGCUUAAAACCGAUAUAGAAGAAUUGAAAACAUCGUUUACAUUUCAUACAAAAGAAUUUGAUGAACUUAAAUCGGAACAUGUCAUAGUGAAAAGCAACAUAAUUAAUUUAAAAGAGGAAAAUCAGCAGUUAAAUAAUACAGUCUCGGAGUUACGUCAAAAAUUGAAUUAUUUAGAGCAACACGCGCGGUCGAACAACUUGGAGAUACAAUGUUUGCCUGAGAAUGCAAAAGAAAACCUAUACACUGUAGUCAAACAAUUGGGUUCUGUGGUUGGAUGCGAGUUAAAGGAUGGCGACAUUCUGCACGCCACUCGUACAGCUAAACUCAACAAAAGCAUUGCUCGCCCGCGGUCUGUUGUCGUUCAGCUUGCUUCACCAAGAACGCGUGACCAAACAACAGUAUGUGAGGAUUGUCAGAGGAAUAAAACCAGCUAUGCACAAGUAUCACAAUCUCCACAACUAACAAUAGAUCCAACAGAAGCAUCAGGCGAGAAGGUACUGCGUGAAGUCAACAAGAAAUUGGAGGUACUUCAUGGCGUUGAGAAAAAGCUAGGAGAACUUACUAGCGCUGUUGAGUUCUAUGCGGAAAUGUACCAAACACUAUUGGAAUAUAAGGAAGAAUCACAAAAGAAGAUUAAGGCGCUUGAGCAGAAAAAUAUCUACUUGGAAAAAUAUAAUAUGGCUUUGGAAGAAAGAGUACAGGAACUCGAGUUAAAAGACAAAGAAAAUGAAAUAGAAAUACAUGGUCUAGAGGCACGCCAAAGUGAAGAUAUCAAAUCAGUUGUUCAAGAUGUUGCUCAAAUAUUAAAUUUAAACCCGGAGGAUAUCGAAGACGCAAUGAGGGUAGGACAAAAAAAACCGCAUGAAUCAAAACCUAAAGUCGUAGUAGUUACACUGCGAUCUAAAUGUACCCGCAAAACAUGGAUGAUGGCGAAAAAAGGCAAGAAAAUUACUAAUGACAAAGUUUUUCGUAAUGGCAACAACGAUCAAAUCUACAUCAACGAAGCACUGCCAAAGUUUAAACGACAACUCCUGUGGACGGUAAGAAAAAAAUUAAAACCAAAAGGUUAUCAGUACAUUUGGGUUCAAAAUGGAAGUAUUCUAGUAAAAAAGAACAGCGAGGAAAAGAGAAUUUUUAACGUAAGAACGGAGAAGGAUUUAGAAAUAUUCGUAGAAAUGCAAAAUUCCGAGUAA